CUUUGUCUCAUUGACGUUUUCUUCAACGAUAACGAUAGAUAUAUAAAAUACAUCGAUAUAAUAUACAAUAACAUUCAAUUCUUCAUGACAAAAUUGAAGGAAUCAAUAGUUCUCAAGAUGCAAAACUUGUUUUGUCUAUCUUUCUUUCUUGGCAUCACUUCAAUAUUCGCACAAUUGGAUGGAUCUAAAUACAACGUUGCUAUGAAGGAAUACAGUAAAGCGCUGCAUGAUGAAUGUGUCAAGCAACAUAAAGUGACUGAUGAUGAUAUCUGGAAAGUGAGAACUGGGAUUUUUGAUGAUAACAACCAUGAAAUGAAGAACUAUAUACUUUGCCUCUGGAGAGAAUCAGGAUCAAUGGACCUCUCUACCUUUCGUUUGAGUAAAAUAUUGCUUGACGUUUAUAUGCCUGAAGAAGUCCAUAAAGGAGAUGGUACGAAUAUGUAUUUGGAGUGCGCGGGUAAAGGAAGAGAGUUACCUGCCGGCACUGCUUUGCAGGACCGGAUAUGGGUUUUCAUGAAAUGCGCUCAACAGGCUGAUCCCGUAAACUUUGUCAUGUUCUAGAAGGAUGAUGUUAGCCAUGAGUAUGGACGUAUUCCACAUCAAUGCAUUUUUCAAUGAAGAAUGGGUUGAAUUCUGAAUUCACGUACCUACUUUUAUUUGAAAUCUACCAAGGAGCAAAAUAUACCAUAAAAAUAUUU